AUGAGGAGAAGGAGCUCAGAAGGAUCAGCGAGCUCGUACGUGACAGCGGACACAGACCGAAGCGGAACAAGAAGGUCAUCGACAGAGAGUGGGCAGCAUGCAAGAAGGUUGUCAUCAGUAGCGGAGGAAGACGCGCACUGGGGGCGUGAGAACAGGAGAAACUCGGUUUGGGAAGACGGAAGAGGGUUGAGGAGAUUUGACUCGACCUCUUCAUUCACGAGCGUAUUUACGGACAACAGCGGGAGUACGCAAGGCAGAGUAAUGGAUAGAGGAGAUUACAUAAGGAACAGACGAGAAGACGGAAACAGAGAGGAAGUAAACCGAAGGAUAAGGGAGGAGAACGAGCGCAUACUAAGAGAAAGGGUGCAGAAAUAUGAAAGGAGAAAUGACUAUUCUCAGCCGCCGAGGAAAGGCUGGGGAGGGGAUUACUCCUCGAAUUCAUCUGGGUAUGACUGGAGUAGAAAAAAAGAAGAGUCUAACAGGGAAUACAUGGAACAGGAAAGAAGAAGAAGGGAAUAUCAGGAGAUUGAAGACCAGAGAAGGAGGGAAAACCAAAAGAGAGAGGAUGAGCAGAGAAGCCAAAGGUACUGGCAACCCUCCUGGAAAAGGGAGCAGAGUAAACCAGCGAUGUUUCUCUCAUCCAUUAAAGAGGAGGGGAGCCCCAAGGAAGCGAAAGCGAAAAGGGAAGGUAGCACAAAGGGACAGUCCAACAAUACAACGGAGCUGCCGGCGUAUAAUGAAAGGGAAAUCAAGUGGAAGGAGGAAACAGGAAAAGUGUACCCUAAACUCGAAACGACAAAGGAGAUCAUGGACCUGAAAAGAGGAAAAGUAUACAAGAAGGAAGUCAAGAAGAAGGACUUCGAAUUCAAGGACCUAACAGACUGGAUCGAUGAUGAAGAACCGAAUCUAGAAAGGAACAGAUACAGCAGCAUAUUUUGUAAAAGAAAUCAGACAGGACAAAAGAAAGAAGGGCAGAACCAAAAAGGGAAGGAAACAUCUACAAAAGAAGAUGUGCCGGGAACAAGCGGAGUAGAGGAAAAAGAGAAGGUAAGAUUCUACAGAUUGGAUGAAACUAAGAUUUCGGUGGAGGAGGAGGAAUUCCUUAAUAACACCGAAGGAACGACCUACAGUAGGAAAUUACCGAAGGACAAAGUGGUGAUGUCCAACGUGUCAAGCGAUUCCUUGGGGUCUCAGUUUUACACAUGGGACGACACCAGAGCCACAAGAGAAGAGGACGAAUUUAUUGAGAACCAAAGAAAACAAUCACGGAGGAAUUCAAGGGACUCAGAUUCGGAUGAUGGGUAUACAAUGAAUAGUAUAAAAUCAUUUGGAUCGAGGAGACUGGAGAUAGAGGAGGACAUAAUGUAUGAAGGGUCUAUUGAUGAAUACGUGGUGGGUGAACCAAGAGGUCACUCCACGGGAAGGAUUAAAUCAGAGGAUGGACCCCUAAGAUUAAAAGGAGGUACGAAAGAUCAGACAAUUAACCUUGAGAUAGAGGAAGAAAUGAGCACAGAUACUGACACGACAACGACCUCGAAGAAGAGGAAGCAGAGCGAUGGAGGAAAGGAAGGCACGAAGACAGGAAACCUAAAGGCAAAGGAAAUAAUAGGAGAGCUAGAGAAAAUCGUAAUAACAGAGACAAGGGCAAAGAAAGUAAGUGUAGCCACGAUAAAUGCGCUAAACAUGAUAAAGAUCAACAUGGAUGGAGUACUCAACAACAUGGCAAUGGAAAACGCCAUGCUUUGGGGAAGACUACAGCAAGCGAAAGAGCACGAGACGGAGACAAGAAAACAGAUAGAGGAGCUAAGGGUACAACUGGAGGAUACCAAGAAGAGGAGGGUAGCCUUCAGAAUGGAAGAAUCGAAGACCUCGAAUGAGUCACUGGAUACGGCCUUCAGGGAGGCAACCUCCGCGACGUCAGGGAAAACGACGGACUCGGAGGAGCAAGUUAAGAGGAGGAGGAAUAGGAGGAAAAGAAAGGAUACUCCGAAUACCUCUAGAGUAGUGGAUACUACGUCGGAGAGCGAGGGAGAGUUCAUUGAGGUAAUAAGGAGAAAGAAACCAGCAAGAAGGGAAGUAAGGGAAAAACUGAGGGAUAAAGAAGUCCCUUUACAAUACGUAUUUCCGAAGGAAAGACAGGCCACGGCAGCACCCACCAGGUAUCUCUGGACGAAGCUAAGAGAGAAACAGGUGAUACCGAAAGUCAGGAACACGGUGAAGCUUAAUAACGGUGAUCUGGUCAUCACACCUGGUGACGAAAGAACGGCAAAAGCAUUGAGGGAGAUCUCGGAAGAUCUAGGGUGUAUCAGGCAGCGGGACACUGCAUGGCCGAGGGUCAACAUAUACGAUGUUCCGAGGGAAUUGAAUGAAAAUGAGAUUGCGAUGGACCUCAUUAUACAGAAUGAGGAGCUGUCGCAAUACACAGUGGACGAGAUUAGACCGAAAUUCAGAAGAGGGCCACGGAAUGAGGACACAGUAUGGUGGGUAUGUGAGGUUUCACCUCGCGUGUACCAAUCGAUCAAGGCAAUGGCGAAUGGAGCAAGGAGUACUAGACUCUACCUGUCAUUUAACUCAGUGAGGGUGGUGGACUUUGAGAUGUUGACGCAAUGUUUCAAAUGCCACGUAUUUGGCCACACGGCAGCAAAGUGCAGGGCGGAAAAUNAACGGUGA